AUGUCAACACAGCAAAGGAUCAAAUCAAUUGCAAAUCCUCGACUUUUCCCACCUUCUUUAGAAUCAUCGGCUCGUUCACCACGUAAAAAGGCACUUGAUCCAAUGGUUCGCAGAAUGUUCAUAAAAAAUCAGAUGUCAAAUGAGCCAAAAACUCCUGAAGCGUUAGAAUUUCUUACACCAGAGUACUUAGAUCAACAGAGGAGAGCGUUAAAGCUUGAAAUCUCAAAUAUUCAGAAAGAAUUAUUACCGUUAAAACAACAAUAUGAAAAACUCAAACUUGCAGAAGAACCCCCUUCACCUGUAGGUUCUCCAACUCAACAAAACAACUCACCAAGAUCUCCUCGCAGCAAUGCAGGAGAUUAUUCACUUGAAUCUCCACGUUUUAAUGAAAAUAAGCAUAUAGAUUUUGCUCAAAUGGUUAAACAAAGCCAAAUUGAAUACGAAGAAGCAUGCUCUCAAAUUGCUCAGCUUCGAAGAAUUUAUUGUGAAGCAAAUAAACUUCGUCUUGAAGACCAAAUUCAAGAAUAUCAAGAUGAAAUUGAAGACCUUCGCAAAUCUCUUAACGAUUCAACGUACAAACUCAAUAAUGUUGUUUCUCAACUUGAUCAAAUUACAUCAUCUGAAGAAACAUCAAGGAUCAUUGAACAACAAGAUAAAAUUGCAGAACUGAGAGAUGAAUACAAUCGCCUUUUAGAUAUAGAAGACGAAUAUAUCAAGAAAAAUGAUGAUAUGCUUGAUGAACAGCCACAAUACAUUACUCUUGCAAACAAAGCCGAGCAACUUAAGAAAAAGCUAUCAACUAUUAAAUACAACUUAUCAACAAAGAAGGUUGAGCUUGGCAAAAAGAGAAAAAUGUAUGAUCAAAGAAUCAAAGAUUUACAAGAAGCAGUUAAUGAAGCAAAGAGAAAACAAAAGCAGAAGAAGGUAAAGAAGAUUUUCUUGUACGGAGUUACUGCAGAAUACGAAGAACCAAGGACAAAUCAUCAACCAACUCCACCUCCUCCAAAACAAGUCAAGAACCAUCCUGAAGAAGAGGAAAUCGUGGAAUACGAAUAUUAUUAUUCUGAUGAUGAAGAAAAAGAAAAAUGA